AUGUUAGAAGAAGCUAACAUCAGAGCCGAUAAGCUACUAUGUCAGCUACUACCGGCGUGUGUUGCUAGUGAGCUCAAGCUGGGAAAAUCUGUCCCACCAAAGUCGUAUUCAUCAGCAACUAUACUUUUCAGUGAUAUUGUCGGCUUUACCGAAUUAUGCAAAACUGCCUCUCCAUUAGAGGUUGUAAAUGUUCUCAAUGGCGUCUUUGAUGGCUUCGAUCAGUUUAUUGCAAGAAGGGACGCAUAUAAGGUGGAGACGAUCGGAGACGCAUACAUGGUCGUUUCUGGCGUGCCAGAAGAGAAUGGGCAUCGACACAUAAACGAAAUAGCUGGCAUAGCUAUAGACGUUCACAAGUACCUCACAGACUUCUGCGUUCCACACAAACCUGAUCAAAGGGUAGUUUGUCGUCUUGGAUUCCACACAGGGCCAGUCGCAGCAGCUGUAUGUCGACCUAAUGAACUCCACUCGCUAUUCGUCUUCUUCGGAGACACGUCAGGUGAUAUAUGUCGUCUCGCAUGGAGAGCAACAGUGGACCCGGAAAGACGCAAAUUAGUGAAGCCGCCAAUAAACUUCUACUGCAACAUUAUCCAGAAUAUCAAACUGAAGAAAGGGGACAAAUAG